ACCUGUCUGUCUCUCUCUGUCUUUUUUUCCUGUUAGUUUAUCUCUCUCUCUUUCUCUCUCGUCUAUUUUCCCCAGUUAGUUUAUCUCUCUCUCUCUCUCACUCUCUCUCACUUUCACUCAGUCUCUCCCAGUCUCAGAGGAGCCCUCUAGCGCCGCAUUGACCCGCACGGGUUGCAGUUCCAGCCGAGGGGAAGGUGCUGUCGCUGGCAGCAAGUUGCUGGAGUCCCGGUCGUUCUGGAGCUGACACCUCCCGCGGGCUGGAUGUCCCCGGAGCCUUGAGAAGAAUCAGCAUCAUGACAGGCUGAGCUCGUCCACAUGUCUCGGACCGUGCCAGACACCGCCUGCCUCCUGGAAUGACAGCCUGGGUCAUCCUGCCCGUUGGCCUGUCCGUCUCCACCAUCACAGCACUCUGGGUCGUGUACGCGGUGGCAGUGCGGAAUCACCACGUUUGCCCUGUGGAUAACUGGACCUACAAUGAGUCAUGUGGUGUGGUCUCGGUGCAGGGCGAACCCAAAGAAUGUUGCACCUUAAAUGACAUCCCAUUGGUCAGUAAGUGUGGCACCCUCCCUCCCGAGAGCUGUCUCUUCAGUCUGAUCUGUAGUGUCGGUUCUUUCAUGGUGAUGUUGGUGGGUUUGCUACGGUACGCGCAGGUGAUGGAGAGACACCAGAACUCCUUACUGAACACAGCAGCACUGGUGGCAUGUUGGAUCUGCGCUGCAGGGCUCAUCGUCGUGGGAAACUUCCAGGUUGACAAUGCCAAAGUCCUACACUAUGUCGGUGCUGGAGUGGGAUUUCCCAGCAGUAUGCUGUUCAUCUGUUUCCAAUCUGUGCUCACCUACAGGAUAGCAAAGAACUCACUGGACUACCAGAUAGGUCACUGCCGGACAUUCCUCACCAUUGUGGCCUUCAUCAACCUUGUACUGAGUGGAGUCUUCUUUAUCCAGGAGAGCUCACAGCUCCAGCAUGCAGCAGCUAUAUGCGAAUGGAUUUUCACCAUCAUCAUCCUCAUUUUCUAUGGGACGUUCGCUGUGGAGUUUGGCUCCAUCACCCAAAACACCUUCCUUGAAAUAUUGGCAAAGAAAGGCAAGAAGACUCACUGUAAAUCAGACAACAAUGUAGUCCUCAGCACAGGCAUCAACCGUGCUCAAGAGGCCAUCACCAUGAUUUAGGCUUCAAGAUCUCCACAAGCAGGUUAAAUGAUUGUGGCACAGCUGUAACUCUGCCUUAAAACAUCCAUAACAGUCAGACUGGGGGCCAGAGGUAUUUGUGGAGCAUUGCUGCCUGAUGCAAUGCAAGGAAUAAUCACUAGAUACCUCGGAUCCUUGAGAAUCAAGGAUACUGUUACGUAAAAAAGCCAUCACAAGAGGACCAAAUCUUUUCCUUUUCCAAUGGUAUUUUUGGAACCUUUAUACGAAAUUUACAUUUUUUUAUAAAAAUUUGAUUUUUAUAAUAGAAAAAUGAAUUAUAUAUUUUAUGACAGCAAAUCUUUCGACCAUUCAGAGUAUUGUGAAAGGAGUUUGUUGUCUUUAAGUUGCUUGUAACACUGACCCUUGUAAAUGGGACAGGUAAACGUUCAAAUGGGAGUUAUCAUGUUCAUUUUUUUAAUGUAAUUUCCAUUUAUUGGUGAUUGAUUCUGUGUAUUUUUAUGUCAUCCUUCACUUCCAGGGAAGACAGGAACGAUGUUACUUCUUAGACAUGACCGUUCCCACUAACUAGGAGCUGUCCAUAGACAGGGCAGGUUGACCAGAAGCAUCAGCCCUGCUUUUGUGCACUCCUGCUACCUCCUCACUGUCCCUGCAUUUACAUCCUUCCCCCAUCCCCUACCUCUGUGUGGACUUAACUGGCCUAAGCUCUGCUUCCUUCCACUCUUCUCCCUCCCCAGGGAGGAUGUGUCUGCCCCCAGAUCCCCUCUGUUUUGUGAAUUCAGAAGCAUUUGACAUUGACCCUGUACCCACCUCCACUGAGAAGAGUCUUUGCCGACUGUAUCAUUUCCCCCAAGCUCUGUAACCUCUUCCAUCCCUCAAACAUCUCUGCGCUCCUCCAAUCUUGGUCUCUAGCACAUGCUCGAUUUCAUUCGCCACACCAUUGGCAGCCAUGCCCCUUGCCAUCUCGGCCCUAAGCUCUGGAAUUCCCUCACUAAACCUCUCCCUCCUCCUUUGUGAUGCUAUUUCAAACCUACCUGUUUGACUAAACUUUUGGUCCCCUGCCCUAAUAUCUCUUCAUGUGACUCGGUGUCAAGGUUUGACAGGUAACUCUCCUGUGAAAUGCUUUGGGACAUUUUUACUAUGUUAAAGGUGCUAAAUAAAUACAAGUUGUUGUUGUAUCAACUUCUGAAGCGAUCAGGGACCUCCGCACAGUGACAACCAUUUCUGGUCUUGGCAUCUGAUAUCACCAGGUUAGCUAAGAAGCCAAACUCUCUUUUGUGUGCAAUGACCAAUUCAUCAAUUUAAAUAGUUGAAUUUUUACACAUUUUAAACAAAUAUCUGUAUUAUUAGAAAUGUUGCUUAUCAAUCAUUUGCUCUUUCCAGUGGUAAAUAGACUACAGUUCCAGCCAUCAUAUCAUCAUUUAAAAAUAUGGGAUUGAAAUAUAUACAAAGUGACAUUU